UGAGUUUCCUCCCGGACUCUUUUGAGCAACGAGUACUUCCUGAAUUUCCCGGCAACUUGGCGCCGGCUUCCUGCCAGAGCGCAUCCCAGGAGUCGCUUGAGGCGGUGUGGUUCGCUCGUGGCCUCAUACGCUUGUUUUUCGGUCUCAUGGCCGGUCUGACUUUAUUCGUGGGCCGUCUUCCGCCCUCGGCUCGCAGUGAUCAGCUGGAAGAGCUGUUCAGUCAGGUGGGUCCGGUGAAGCAGUGCUUCGUGGUGACAGAGAAAGGGAGUAAAGCAUGCCGAGGCUUUGGCUACGUGACUUUCUCCAUGCUGGAAGACGUUCAGAGGGCCCUCAAGGAGAUCACUACCUUUGACGGUUGCAAGAUCAACGUGACUGUUGCCAAGAAAAAACUGAAGACUAAGUCCAAGGAAACAAGGAAAAAUGAAAAUUCAGAAUCCCCAAAGAAGGAGCCAAAGCACAAAAAGGCCAAAGUGGCAGAUAAGAAAGCCAGAUUAAUUAUCCGGAACCUCAGCUUUAAGUGUUCAGAAGAUGACUUGAAAGCAGUGUUUACGCACUAUGGGACUGUUCUGGAAGUGAAUAUCCCAAGGAAGCCAGAUGGAAAGAUGCGUGGUUUUGCUUUUAUUCAGUUCAAAAACCUCCUUGAAGCAGGAAAAGCUCUCAAAGGCGCGAAUAUGAAAGAGAUAAAAGGACGGACUGUGGCUGUGGAUUGGGCCGUGGCGAAGGACAAAUACAAAGAUGCCCAGCAUGCUUCUGCCCCAGGUGGAAAGAAAAGCAGUGAGCGUAAGCCUAAGGAAUCAGGUAAGAAGAGCUGCAGGGUGGAAGAGCAAGUAGAAGAUGAUGAUAGUGAGGAAGAUAACCAUGGUGAUGAAGAAAGAGAAUCAACAGUAGCUUCUCCCGUGAGUGUGCAGAAGAGAGCAGUCAAGAGAGCAGCUCCCGAGGAAAGCAUCGAUGAAGACGACUCGUACGAGGACAGUGACCUGGAGGAAGGGGGCAGCUCCUAUGAGGGGACUGUGGACAGUGAGAGCAGCACUGAAGAGCAAGAGGAUGAAGAUGUUCCAGUCUCAAAGAAAAAGAAGAGGAAGUUACCCUCCGAUGUGACCGAAGGGAAAACCGUUUUCAUCAGAAAUCUUUCAUUUGACUCAGAGGAAGAGCCUCUUGGGGAGGUCCUCCAGCAAUUUGGUGAUCUUAAGUAUGUCCGAAUUGUCUUGCAUCCAGACACAGAACAUUCUAAAGGUUGUGCAUUCGCACAAUUCAUGACUCAGGAAGCAGCUCAGAAAUGUCUUGCAGCGGCCUCUCCAGAGGCCGAGGGUGGUGGGCUUAAACUGGACGGCCGGCAGCUCAAGGUUGACCUGGCUGUGACCCGUGAUGAGGCAGCAAAGCUUCAGACAAAGAAGGUGAAGAAGCCGACUGGAACCCGGAACCUCUACUUGGCCCGAGAAGGCUUGAUCCGCGCUGGGACGAAGGCUGCAGAGGGUGUGAGCGCCGCAGAUAUGGCCAAGCGCGAGCGGUUUGAGCUACUGAAACAUCAGAAACUCAAGAACCAGAAUAUCUUUGUCUCGCAGACCAGGCUUUGCCUGCACAAUCUCCCAAAGGCCGUGGAUGAUAAACAACUCCGGAAGCUGCUGCUGGAGGCCACUGCCGGGGAGAAGGGGGUGCGCAUUCAGGAGUGUAGAGUGAUGCGGGACCUUAAAGCAGUUCAUGGGAAAAUGAAGGGUCAGUCCCUGGGCUACGCCUUCGCGGAGUUUCAGAAGCACGAGCACGCCCUCAGAGCCCUCCGCCACAUCAACAACAACCCAGAGAUCUUUGGAUCCCAAAAGAGACCGAUAGUGGAGUUCUCUCUAGAAGAUCGGCGGAAACUUAAAGUAAAGGAGCUGAGAAUCCAACGCAGCCUGCAAAAAAUGGGAUCCAAGCCUGUAAGCAGCAAGCCCCAAAAGGAGCAAAAAGAAGUUGGAAAAGACAAGCAACAGAAAGCAGUUCAGAGCGCCGCACAGGAUCUGAGUGAGAAGCCUGGCAGGCAGACAGGGAGAGGCGGCUCCACCGCGUGGACGGGGUUCCAGACCAAGGCCGAGGUAGAGCAGGUGGAGCUGCCCGAUGGGAAGAAGAGGAGAAAGGUCCUGGCGCUCCCUUCACACCGAGGCCCCAAAAUUAGGCUGCGGGACAAAGGCAAAGUGAAGUCCCUCCCUUCCAGGAAGCCAAAGCCCCAGAUGGGCCAGCGGAAGCAGAAGAGGCAGCAGUUAGCUUCUUCUCUGCAGACACCUAAGAAAAAAGCUAAGGAAAAUAAGGCUGAAGCCCGCUUCAACCAGCUGGUUGAACAAUAUAAGCAGAAGUUGCUGGGCCCUUCUCAAGGAGCGCCCCUUAUGAAGAGAAGCAAGUGGUUUGAUAGCUGAUGGCCCCUGCAGACUACGGAAGCUGUGCCUUUCACAGAGGGAAAGCGGGGCCCAGAUGAUACCCACUUUCUUAGGGACUCUGUAGGUUGUGUACAUCCUUGGACCAUUCUCCAGUGUGGUGUUGGUUAGCCACACGGAAAUACCUGAAGAACACCAUGGAGGUUCUAUAACUUACCCAUCUCAGUGCUGAUUCUGUGCGUGUAAUUGCAACUUAUUUCUAAUCUCUUCUCAAAUGGUGGAAGCCAUUGUAAAAAAAAAGUUUUUCAGAGUACUGAAUUUUUAAAGAUGCAUAUUUUGUUAUGGGGUCUGUAAGUGAGGAACUGUGACUUUUUGGAUGUGUCUCAUUUUUAAUAUACACAAAUAUAUUAUUUAUGAGUUUUUUCUAAAUGAACCUUUUUAACAUUUUUAAAUCGGUUACAUAGUCUGUAAGAACCAAGCACAGAGAAAAUGCUUACUAAAGUAGUCUCUGAAUGUCGGAGACACCGGGAAAUGACUGAGGCCGUGGGCCUGGCAGCGAGCCGCGCCUGAGAAUUGUCUGCUCCCGGAGUGGAAUGCCUGACUGGGAAUAAGAUUGCAGGCUAGAGCCCGGCCUGACCAUGGGUGGCCAGGAUGGAUCCCACAGAGCUCCCUCUCCAGGCACUGGGAGCUCUCUGGUGAGGGAAAGCCGUGUGCACAAGGCUCUGACCUGAAGCCGCAGCUAGUCAUGCUAAAUAAGUUUAACCAAAUGGUCUGGUUGUUCCGCACUACAUACUUUUAAACAUUCUUUUUACAUAUACUUUCUCUUGUCUAAAGAAUGCUGCAGGUGGAGGGUAUGGAUCUUAGAGUCGGGGUCCACAAGGAUUCCGAUGGUCUGCAGAGUGGGCUGUUGGGAAAGAUGAAGACCACUGGAGGCAGACAACCCUGUGCUGUGCCUCUCUAUUCUGCCUCCUCAAAGCCUCGAGUCUGGCCUGGAGAGCAGCCCUAGGAUCCUUUGUCUUAGAUCUCCACUGAGCUGUCAGCUCUUCUGCUGUUUCCUUCAGUAUCUGAAAUAGGGCUCCUCUUACCUCCCCCAUCUGACUCCUGACUGGAUUCUCCUGACAGAUCCUGUCUAUUUUCUCUGGGAACUAAUCACCAUCUAAAAUUGUCUCCCCAUUAAAACAUCUGCUUUGA